UUCUGCGAAAUAUGCGUUAAAAAUGAACACGCAAGCACCCCAUAGAAGCUGGAAUAAUAUAAAAUAAUGAGACGAGAUGGGCUGAGGCUGAUGCUGAUGCUGAGCUAGCUGGAUAGAGAAAUACAAGAUAAGGUAAAGGUACAGAAUUCAGUAUCUAAUUCCGAGGAAAUUGGCAUAUCCCUGUGCGUGAGCCUCAAGUUAAUUUCUAUGCAAAGGAAAAACUGCUUGAUACUCCCAAAGAUAGCAAGCUCAGUUGAGUAGAGUUGCGCAUUCAAAGUGAAUACUUUUCUGUCUUACUGGGGUGUCUUUUCUUUAUUCAUCUUCACCGUUCCGUUUCUCUGUGUCUCUCUCUUCCAGACCCAGUUCUAUACAUUAGCAGAAUCCGAAUUUGAAGAGAGAGAUAUAUAAGAGAGGGGAAACCAGCUUUUACCAGUAGUUCUAAUGGCAGGGCCUGAGAAUCAAGCCAAAGCUAUUGAUAGCACCGACUUCCUCACUAUCUUAGCAUCUCAUGGUGUUGAUUUCCUUCUUUCCGGUAAAGGAAAGGUGCCCUUAUCUUCAUGUCGUGGGAAGACAAUUUGUCUCUUUUUUUCUGCAAACUGGUGUAGGCCUUGCAAAUCUUUUACCCCACAACUGGUGCAACUGUAUGACACGCUAAGAGCAAGAGGUCAAGAGGUCGAGGUUGUCUUCAUUUCCUUUGAUAAUGAUGAGACUGGAUUUGAGGAACAUUUCAAGUGCAUGCCAUGGCUUGCUGUUCCAUUUGAUGUAACCUUCCAUAAAGAAUUGAGAAAUAGGUAUCAAGUCGAUCGCAUCCCUUCACUUAUUCCAUUAGCUUCAGACAGAGUAUUAAUUGAAGAAGACUUGAUUGGAUUUAUUGAAGACUAUGGUGCCGACGCAUUUCCAUUCACUAGGCUGAGAAAAGAAGAAUUGAAGGCUCUUGAUGACUCUAAACGCCAAGGAGGAAAAUUGGAAGAACUUUUGGCACGUAAAGGACGAGAUUAUGUCAUUUCUCGAGAUUAUAGUAAGAUAACAUUGUCUGAACUUGUUGGUAAGACAAUAGGCCUUUACUUUGGUGCACACUGGUCCCCUCCCUGCCGAUCCUUCACUACUCAACUCAUUGAGGUGUACAAGGAGCUCGAAACUAUCACAGAUCAAUGCUUUGAAAUUGUUUUGGUCUCUACAGACCGAGAUCACAAAGAAUUUGAUCUAAAUUUAAGCAGUAUGCCAUGGCUAGCUAUUCCAUACGAGGACAGGAUGAGACAAGACCUUUGUAGGAUCUUCAAGAUCAAAGGGAUUCCAGCUUUAGUCCUAAUUGGACCAGAUGGGAAGACAAUCAACACAAAUGGGAAGGACAUAAUCUCCUUGUAUGGUGCUAAGGCUUUCCCAUUUACAGAAUCAAGGAUUAAUGAAAUAAAAGCAAGCUUGAAAAAGGAAGGAGAUGCAUUACCUCAAUUAGUUAAAGAUGCAAAGCAUGAACACAAACUAAAACUCGACAUGGCUGAAGCUUAUGUGUGUGACUUCUGCAAAAAGCCAGGGAGGUUCUGGACAUUCUCUUGUGAUUUGUGUAACUAUGAUCUUCAUCCUUCAUGUAUAGAAGGAAGGGAACAUCCCUCGUUGUAAAUGCAAUAACUAGAGACUUUAUCGAGAUGUACCUCAGUAUACGUUAUUAUUCUUCUGUAUCCAAAUGUUAUUGAUGAAGCUUAACCUAUUUUUACUUGAAA